CCCCGUUGGAAGAGUAAAUGGUUUAGUCUAUUUGUGCCCGAGGAGCUGAGAGAAACAAGUACCUUUAACAAGCAGACGACCAGAGCAGCACAUCGGGCAAUCUUCAACCUCUUCUGAGCUGUUGUGGAGACUUAAAUGAGCAUUAACUCACCAUGCCUUUAAAUGAUGAGAGACCAGGCUCCAUGUCCUUCAGCGGUGAGGACCAGGGCAGCGAUGUGGAGUCCUCUUCAGAGCGCUGUGACAGCAUAACGUCUGCAAGUGACCUGGACUGCUCCCAGGAGAGCUUUGCAAGCAAUAACUCCAGCAAACAUUGCACACCAUCCUCUAGCCCACCCAAAGUACUCUCCUUGGAUGAAGUCAUGGAUUCUGCCAGAGACCUCUCAAACCUGACUCUUGCCCAUGAGAUUAUUGUUAAUCCAAAUUUCCAUUUAGAAGCUAACAGCCCACCACAGGAUAGUUUAUUUAAAUCAGUUAAAGAUAAUCUCCACAAAGCAUUCUGGGAUAUCCUCGAGGCUGAGCUCAAUGAUGAUCCACCUGAGUAUGGACAAGCCAUUAAACUUCUGGAGGAAAUCAAAGAGACAAUGUUGUCAUUUCUCAACCCUGGUGCCAAUCGCAUACGGACCCAGAUUAUGGAGGUGCUGGACAUUGACCUAAUUCGUCAGCAGGCGGAUAAUGAUGUCAUAGACAUACAGGGGAUUGCCUCAUACAUUAUCACUACCAUAGGCAAAAUGUGUGCACCAGCAAGGGAUGAAGAAAUCAAGAAGCUUCAACAUAACACAGACAACAUAGUGACACUUUUCAGGGAGAUCUUCCGUGUGCUGGACUUAAUGAAAGCUGAUAUGGUAAACUGGGAAAUAAAUAAUAUACGACGUGUGCUACUUAAACAAAGUGUUGAAUAUGAAAGAGCAACAUUUCAAAGCAUUUUGGACAAAACACCCAAUUCACUGAAUAACACCACCAAGUGGAUAAAAUGUGCACUGGAGGAGUCACAGUCUGCUGUCAGCUCCACUGAAGUGAAGCAAACAGCUGUGCCUGGGCCUUUCCAGGUCCUAAACACUGCCUUCCUCCAUCUCCUCACAUGGGACUACACCAAGAACACAGUACCGGAGACCUUAAUGACGGAUGAGGGACGUCUACGAGAGAUCCAGGAGCAUUUACAGCAGUGUCAGGCAGUCAACGAAGUACUGCUUAUUGUUUACAGUACAAUUGGAGGACCUAUUCAGGGCCUGCCCACUUUGUCCGAGCGGCUGAAGAGGAUGACUACUGUGCUACUGGAUGGAAUGCACAGACCUAACUUUAACCUUGAGGAGACACUGCAGGGCGUCAGUGCACAAAUCUGUUGUGAAUUGAACAAGUCUCUAACAGAGAGAGGAUACUCCCCAUUGACCUCAACAUUGCAAGCUACUCUUACAGGACAGAUAUGCAGCAUCACCGAGAAGGAUAAUCCAAUCCGCACACUAGUUGAGGAUCGUGUGCAGCAGUACUUCAAGAUGCUCCUCUGUGAUGCAAAGCCUCAAGGAAAACUUGAACAAGUACCAGCUGGUCUGACCAUCAUCAAACAUGACCUAAUGCCAGUAGCAGCUAAGUUCUUAUCUUUGGUAAACUACAAUAAGACUGUCUAUGGACCUUAUUAUGCAGAUAUCAUCAGAAGGCUCAUGUUCAACAAUUUCCCAUCUGAAGAAAGACCAUCUCACAGUGCAGCUCAGGACACGGCUGUGUCAAAAUAAACGUCUGAUCGCAAUUAAGUGUAGAAAUACUUUCUUGGGGAAACUACUACAUUGCUUAAUAGGUGUAUAAAAUCAUGAUUGCUACAUUUUAAAGAACACAGCUUAAUGCAAGCAGGGAUCAUUUCUGAAAUAAUUUUUGUAAAAAAAGGCUUGACAACUUUUUACUCCAGUCUAACGUCUCAGAGUGACUGUAUUAGGGAUUUAUGUAUUUUUACUCAUCAGUAUAUUGAUAUAAAACUCCUUUUACUUUGAAAGGAGUCUGAACAGAAUUUUUUUUAAUCUUUAGUAAAGUUUACAUUCAUAAGCAUAUUCAGCCCACAACAGCCAUUUAUAGAUUUAUGCAGUGAUGCAAGUCUAUUGACAUGGACUAUACUGGUACAUUUAUUAAAACUUAGUUUAACUAAUAGUUGACUACAUUUAAAUGGGAAGUAGUAUGUAAAAUAUUACAGUUAAUAAAAAAUACAAUGGGCAUGUUAUUUAUCUUUUGUUCUAGCUAAUAAAAAAAUAACUGUUGUUUGCAUGGUUGUCUUUGUUUAUGUAUAAGGUUAAAAGAUAGUGAAAACUUUGUAUUUCUGUUACACAUACAUUAGGAAGUAUCUUUUACAGUAUUGUAAUUGUAUUCAGUCUGGAAAUGACAGUUGCCAUUUUGUUUUGUUUUUCAUUGUCUAAAGAUGGACCCAAAGAUUCAAAAAAGCAAAGUUGAUUAUAUGUUUACAAAUGUUAUAUUUGUCCCUUGUUUAUGUACAUAAACUGACAUGUGACUAAAAGAAAAUAAAGAAUAUGACAUUUAAUUAUA